GGGAAAUAGCCAGGAAUGUAAUGGAUUUAUUUACAAUUUGGCUCGUUUCAAUAGUUGAUUUGGUAGUUUCCGAACCAUAAUAAGAUUUUUUUAUUAUCAGAAUCCCCAAAAGUUAUGAUGAUUCAUUGAGAUCAGUCACUGAAUGAAGGAGCAGUCCUGGCUGACCUCAGACAUUGGCGGUGUUGCCCACAUGUCAGCGAAGCGUCCGGGGGUCGGGGUCGGGGUGCUGGUGACGGACUCAGCCCACCCCGGCUGCGUGCUUCUCGGAAGGCGGAAGAAUGCGGUGGGCGCUGGGAUGUACCAGCUCCCCGGCGGGCACCUGGAGUUCGGGGAGACGUGGGAAGAAUGUGCCCAGAGGGAGGUGAUGGAGGAAGCGGGGGUGCGGCUGGUGAACGUCCGCUUCGCGGCCGUGAUGAACUCCGUCGCGUUACGGGAGCACUACCACUACGUCACCAUAUUCAUGCAGGGGGAGCUGGACAGGGAGUCGGGAGAGCCGAGGAACGUGGAACCAGAGAAGAACGACGGUUGGACGUGGACGCCGUGGGAGCGGUUUCCGCCCGAGGAGCAGCUCUUCUUCUCGUUGGCCAGUCUGAGGCAACAAGGCCACGAUCCGUUCAGGAACACACACGCACAAACACAGAAAUGAGAGUCUGACACUGGCUGCUGCUCAGGAACGUCCAAUACCCAGUCAAACUCCUUUUAUUUUUAUUUCAGGGAUUUAAGGCCAAACUUUCCUAUUUUCAGAAUACUGUUAAAUUAUAUAAUGUGAUUUACUGGAAGUAAACAAAUAACUCUACAAUUCACCAUUGUGUGCCAUUUAUGGAAGAUUAUACUUUAUGUUUCAAUUGGCUUUGUUCCUUAUUGAAGAACGUUUUGUACCGUUUUAUACAGUUAAUUCAUGCUACUCAUAUCAAAUUUAUAUUUUAUACAAACAUCUUGGGAAAGACUGUCCUCCAUAUGAUGACAUGUGGAGGGGUUUUUCCGCCUCACAUCAGGCUGGGGGUCACGGUGGCCCCCGCUGCAAGCAGCAGCGUCCACAGCGCCGCAGCAGCGGUGGCCACGGCGCCGUUGAAGGUCUUCUCGUGGACGUAGGUGAUGAUGUGCAUGGCUCCUCUGUAGGCUUCCUCGCAGGUCGGCUGGAUCUGAGCCUCGGGCAGCUCGAAUUCGAACGUGCCGUUGUCUCUGAGCUCAAAGGUGUAGGUGAAGGGGAUUCCCACCAGCCGAGCCCAGUCUCUGGACGAGCCCGAGUUAGGAUCUGCAAAAAGGGUUUACAAAUGCCAGAAUACCCAAACCCAGGUAUUUAUCUAGAGUUUUAAUUGUGAUUCUCCUGAAUGAACUUACAUAAAAUGUCCGGUGAGGAUCCCACCCUGUAGUUCAUACCGUGGGCCUUCCUGAUCUCAUCUGCUGCAGCCAAACCAACCUUCAUCUGAGGGAGACGAUACCUUUGGUUAGUGAAAAUUACAAAUAUCAAGAGAGCUGAAACUCUUACAUUAUAAAAGAAAAAAGGUACUUUCACUAAUAACAGUUCUCUUAUAAAAUGAGUGAUAACAAGCAGUUUAGCUCAUUUAAAAUGACAAACUUUACAUUAAUGGAGGCAAAGCAGCAAAUCUCAGCAUAGGUAGUAAUGCUUUAUAGGUAUUUGAAAGACCUUUAAUCUCUUUAAAGUGUUUGUGUUUGUUUCAGGUCUUCAAACCUCAUGAAAUACUGUUUAAAUGACUAAGUGGAAAUAUUUGUGAUUGAGUUGAAAGUAAUUUCUUAAUUGUAUUAUUUUGUGUAAGCAAUAUGUUACAUAAAUGUUUACCAAUG